AUGUCCAGCCACAACAUCAAUGAUCAGACUUCUGUCUCCUGCUUGAAGAACUUUUAUAACACGGUUCCAAACGAGAUCCUCAUUGAAACACUGACCUAUCUUCCUUUAGCGGAAAUGGGAAGCGUCCUGAGUAUUUCCCAAACCAUCAACAAACAAAUAACGACAACUCCACGAUACAUCAAGUCAAUAUUUGUAGGCUAUUGUGCGAGUGUCAACGUUCCUCGUUCCACAACUGACACCCAUUUAAAAACUAUUGAAAAGAUGACCUUCAAAGAUGCUCAUGAUUUCAUGAUCGCCUAUUUGAAAGAAAUGGUGGCGUUUCAGAAAGAAUUGAAAGCAAAGCGCCAGUUUGAGGAAAUGGCCAAGAUUCGUUUGGAAGAAGAAAGGAAAUCGAGAAAUGAAAAGGAGAGACUUGAAAGAGAAGCAAUGAUGCUAGCUCGAAGAAUGCUAGACAAUAAAUAA